GGUGCACAUGUAAGAAUUUGUGGAUCUACAUAGCCUGUUUUUUUAAAGAAAAUAUUAUUUCUCUAUAAUAAAAAACUAUAAAAAUAAUCUACAAAUAAAUCUCAGCAUUCGAAAAGGUUGGAAAGGCAGGUCUGAUCACCAUGGCAGCAAACAUCAUAGUCAAUCAACAGGUGGCAGCACCUGCUAUGAAGGGCUGGAACACUGGCCUUUUUGACUGCUGUCAGGACAUGAAUUCCUGUUGCUAUGGUUUCUGGUGCUGUCCUUGCUUAGCCUGCUCCACCACGGGAGAGUUUGGAGAGAGUACUUGUCUGCCAUUACUGGACAUCAUUGGCCCUGCUUGCAUGGUUGCCUUUGGGGUGCCCAUCAUUGUGCCACCAGCAAGUCUGUCCAUGCGGGUUGCUGUACGCCACAAAUAUGGCAUUCAGAGUAGCCUCUGUGAGGACAUCAUGGCAUCCUGCUUCUGUGUCUGGUGCUCGUGGUGUCAGAUGGCCAGGGAGAUCAAAGAGCACAAGAAGAGCUGCCCUUUCAUACCCACCCAGCCUGUGGCCAUCCAAAUGCAGCCUCCAACCAUGACCACCUCAAAGGUGACGUACGCGACCAACCAACAGAGCUAUGUCAUGACUGGCCCACAGUCCCCCAACCAACAGAGCUACGUCAUGACCAGCCCACAGUCCUCCAGUAUGGCUGAGAUGCAACCUGGUAUGAUGGCAGGGCCCCCUGGCAUUGCCGGAGGGGCUCAUAUGAAUAUGGCAUCUGACCAACAUGCCGUGGCUUCUGCUCAUUAUGCCUGUAACCCUGCUGUCAUGAUGCCUGAUGAUAUGUCUAACCAUUUGGUUAACACCACUGUCUCCACCCAACCUUACAAAUGCUGAGCUCUACUGCUUCAUCUAAUCACUUUCUGAUAGCUGGCCUUGCUGUAAUGUUCACAGUCAAUGAAUGAAUUAGAUGAAUGAAAAUGUGUUUUUAUAUGAUUUAUAGACUGAGGUCUAUUUGAUGGUAAUGACCACUGCUCAUUGUCUUGACAUGUAAUAAAGUCAUUUAUUUUGA